CCCAAUAUCUGUUUCAACCAAUCAUAUCUCAUCAUUCUAUAUCUUCUUCUAAUUUCCCUCUUAUUUAUUUUUUAUUUUUAUUUUAUUUCUGUUCAUACAAAUGGAUAAAUAAAUUAAAAUAAAUUAAAUAUAAUAUUAUUUACUUGGAUUUCACCGCCUAUGACUAUGCAACCUUGUUUUGUUGAACAACAACAACAACUACUACUCUUAACCAUUUAUUAAAGCCACUAGUUUCGGUCAUGGUUUGCCCAGAUUAGAUUAGAUUCCAAUCUGGGAUUUAAUUAUUAUUGCUAAAGAUUCAAUCUUUGAAACUGGGUUGUGAUGAUUAGUUGAAUCUGUUGUCUCUACCAAUGGCUACAGCUGCUGUAAUUGGUCUCAACACUGCUGCUGCAAGUGGAAAAAGGCUUCUGUGUUCUUCAUCAUCUUCAUACUCAGAUAUCUCAGAUAAGCUUUCUUUUGUUACUAAUAACAAUGAUAAUCAUUCUUCUUACUUACCUAAAACCAUAAUUAAUGCUGCUUCAAAUUUCCCAUCUUCAAAGAGCCCCCAAAAUCACAACCACUCCUCUCAGUCUCAACCCAUUAGAGCUCUUAAAGAGAAUGUUGAUGUUGUUUCUUCAAGCUUAUCACUUCCUCCUCAACCUCAAUGGUUUCAUGAUUCAAGUGAUUUAGAGGCACUUCUUUUGUUACAAAAAUCCAUGCUUGAAAAACAAUGGACACUUUCUUUUCAAAGGAAAAACAACAAAGAACAGCUUCCAAUUACUUGUUCUGGUGUUUCUGCUCGUCAGAGGAGGAUUACAUCUAGGAAGAAAGCUUUUAAAACCACAACAAGUUCCAUUACCUCUGCUGCUUUUAAUCUUCAAAAUCAUUAUAGGUUUAAGGGUUAUGUUAAGGGUGUUGUGUCUGAAGAUUUGCUCUCUCAUGCCGAGGUUGUUAGACUAUCUCAUAUGAUUAAGAUUGGGCUUUCCUUGGAUGACCACAAAACCAGAUUGAAAGAGAGAUUAGGAUGUGAACCUUCUGAUGAACAACUUGCAACUUCAUUGAAGAUUUCGAGGGCGGAAUUGCAGUCCAAAAUGAUUGAAUCUUCUUUGGCAAGAGAGAAGUUGGCAAUGAGCAAUGUUCGUCUUGUCAUGUCUAUUGCUCAAAGAUAUGACAAUAUGGGUGCUGAAAUGGCUGACCUUGUUCAGGGUGGUUUGAUUGGUCUACUUCGCGGGAUUGAGAAAUUUGAUUCUUCCAAAGGGUUUCGAAUUUCAACCUAUGUCUACUGGUGGAUACGACAGGGUGUUUCAAGAGCUCUAGUCGAAAAUUCAAGAACUUUAAGGUUGCCAACACAUUUACACGAAAGAUUAAGUUCGAUCAAGAACGCGAAACUGAAACUUGAAGAGAAAGGAAUAACACCAUCAAUUGAUAGGAUAGCAGAAAGCCUAAACAUGUCAAAAAAGAAAGUUAGGAAUGCCACUGAGGCAAUUAGUAAGGUAUUCUCCCUUGAUAGGGAUGCAUUCCCCUCUUUGAACGGUCUACCCGGUGAAACUCAUCACAGUUAUGUUGCAGACAAAUGCCCCGAUAACAUCCCAUGGCACGGAGUAGAGGAGUGGGCGCUCAAGGAUGAAGUGAACAAGCUGAUGAACACGACACUUGGGGAACGAGAGAGAGAUAUCAUACGCCUUUACUAUGGUUUGGAUAACGAGUGUCUUACUUGGGAGGAUAUUAGCAAAAGAAUAGGUUUGUCGAGAGAAAGAGUAAGGCAAGUGGGACUUGUUGCAUUGGAGAAACUAAAACAUGCUGCAAGAAGAAGAAAGAUGGAGGCUAUGCUUGUCAAACAAUAGAAAGAAAUUAUACAGAGACUGUAUAUAUAUAUACAGAGGGAAUUUGUAUUUUCCAAUUUGUUUUCAUUUCCUAAUUUGGUGAAUUUAGUAUAGAAGGGGCUCUUAAGAGUAAGCAUACAAUGAUUAAAAGCUUUUGUAAGUUUUAAGUUGGAGCAUUUUCUUCUUA